AUGGUGUUUGCUGCUAGACAGCUGCAGGAGAAGUGUCAGGAGAGAAACGUCGACCUCUAUUCCACCUACGUCGACCUGACCAAGGCCUUUGAUACCGAUAGUAGAGAAGGUCUCUGGAGAAUCUUGGCGAAGUACGGAUGCCUCAGAAAAUGCAUCACCAUCGUAAGACGACUACACAAUGGCAUGUUGGCAAUGGUACAGGACAACGGAGAGACCUCUGAUCCAUUCCCUGUCUACAACGGAGUGAAACAAGGAUUCCUUGCUCCCACUACGUUCAGCCUUACGUUCUCAGCUAUGCUGACAGAUGCUUUCAGGGACACUGACAUACGCAUCGGAAUCAAGUACCGGUCCGACGGUUCAGUCUUCAACCAUGGACGGCUCAAAGCGAAAACCAAGCGACUGAACGCGGUGGACAGGUUCACCUACCUUGGUAGCACACUCUAUAGAAAUAUUGUCGUCGAUGAGGAAAUCAACGCCAGACUCGGCAAGGCAAAUGCCGGCAAAGAUCAAGGUAUACAGGUCUGUUGUUCUCAUAACGCUGCUAAAUGGCUGCGAGUCCUGGACGGUCUACUAGCGUUAUGCCAGGAAGCUGAACCACUUUCAUACAAUACGCCUCAGAAAACUUCUCGGCAUAAAGUGGCAGGACAGGAUCCGGACACCGAGGUACUAAUACGUGCUAACCUGCCCAGCAUCCAUACCCUCUUGAUGCAGUCUCAGAUUCGCUGGGCUGGGCACGUAGCUCAUGUGUCAGACGAUCGAUUACCAAAAAGAUUGAUCUUUGGCGAGCUGCAAAAGGGAAAACGCUCACAAGGCGGCCAGAAGAAGCGCUUUAAGGACAUUCUGAAAGCCUCACUGAAAGCCUUCAACAUCGACCAUGACACUUGGGAGCAGUCUGCUCUAGACAGAGAAAGGUGGCGAUCAGCUGUCCACAAGGGUGCCAACACACGCGAGACCAAUAGGAUCGCUGGUGCAGAAUACCGCAGACAAGCCAGAAAGAACAGAGCUAACAACCCUGUAGCAGGCGCUAUCAUUCCCUGA